UGAUCAAACAACUUUUGAAUUUAGAAAAACGGAGUACUUCGUCUGAAUGAUAUAUAUGAUUCAUGACCAAAAUAGUCAACUUUUCAACAAUAAAUAUUGACACGUUAACUUUUACUUACGUACAUAAUUUGUUCGAACAGGAUGUUAAUAAUUAAUUACGAACGACGUAUUCUUCACAAUGCUCUUUAUUGUUGAUAAUACUUGUAUAAAAGGAUUUUGUGAUUGUAAUUAUAUAGAGACAAUUGAAUUAAUUUCGUGUCAAUAUGAGCAUUACAAAAGACGAGGAAAAUUAUUGGGACGAUAUUGAAAAAAAUUUUUUCUGCUUCGAGGGUAACGAGGUAGAUCAACCGUUCGAAGCUUCAAAUAUUAAAUCAGAGAUUUUGGGUACAGAUGUUUCCUUUCUGUCAACAUCUAAAAACUAUAUAAAAUCUAAUAAUGAUUUACAGAAUUUAAAACCUCUACUUUCUGUCAUUUCUGAAAAAACACUUCAUUGCAUUUUAGCUGUAGAUAAAAUACAAAAUAUAGAUCAACAAUGUAAUGACGACGUUCAAACACAACCAGAUAUUACUUUAAGAAAGAUAUUAAUGGGACAGUCCUAUUCAUUGGAACCAUAUAAAUCAUUAGCUAGCAAAACAGCAUUAUUAGAUUCAGCUGUAAAAAGUGGAAAUGGAAAUGCCAUAUUAAUAAUAGUUCUAUUUCUUAUAAAAACUUUAAAGAAAUCUUUAGUUUACCGUCUACUAGCUGAAAGACCAGAAGUGGUGAAUGUGUAUAUACAUUAUUUAUCUACUAUAUUACAAACAAAUGAAAUUACAGAUAUUUUAUCAAUGCUAGGUCAAUUAGUAAAUUCUGCAAUGAUAAAUCUGCAUAUUAUUCUAAAGAAUACUCAAGAUUGUGAUAAAUUGCUGCAGAAACUUCGUAACUGCUAUAAGACACAAUUCUUAAAUUUAAUUGAUUGUAAAGAAACACAAUUUCUUCAUUCUUAUAUUCAGUUAUUAGAAUGGCAUGUAGCAUUAAGAAACACAGAAAAUAGUGAAAAAAUAGAGGCAAAUUGGUCAGUUCUUGAUUUUUUACGUUACAUAUGUAAAAAUGAUAAACAUUCUUCACAAUCAGCUGUUAUGUUUUCUCAACAACAUGAUAUAUCACCUAAGCAAUACCAAAAAAUAGUAAUCGAGGUUAAAGCAUCGCUUGGUGAAUGGGAAACUAUUGAUCGUCUACUUUUGACAAAAGGUUGGCUUGGAAAUAAAAAAUUACAAACAUCUCUGCCUGUGGAGGAUAUUGUCAAAUUACUGCACAAAGCACAGGCACCGCUUGAUGUUCUUGAACAAUAUUUAAAAUAUGUAGACAAUAUUGACAAACGAUUAGAACUAGCAAAAUCUUUCAAUUGUUACAGAAUUGCUAUAGAUAUUUUUGUAAUGCAAGGAGAUCAAACAGCAUUGUUGGAAUAUAAAAGCAAACUUCAACCACAAUCAGAAGAAUAUUUUUAUGCUACAAGUGCUUUGCGUAUUCCUUCAGUCAAAUGGAAAAGUUAAUAGUCCUUUAUUAUUUUAAAUGUUAGAAUAUAGUUCUGCAAAUAUGGUUGGAUUGUAUACAUAUUAUAUUUAUAUUUAUUAAUAUUUUCGCUUGAUAACUAUGAUUAUAAAAUAUAUAUUAAAAUAUAUAAUAAAAUAUUAUUUUCAUCUAAAAGAAA